AUGAUGAUGGUGAUGAUGAUGAUAGCGUCGGCAUCGUCAGCAGAGUCACUAGGGAGAUCGCUCAUGAUGGCGUCAAACAUAACACUGUCCAUACGGACAAUGCACCAGAUCCGCCCCUCGGCGGCGUAUGCACCAGCGCGAAUUUUGCAUCCCAUGAUGGCCAAAUGCCUUCGUGAGCGAAGCAGGGGUCAACCCUAUCCAAAGCGCGCAUCGGCGCACUUCGAUGACAUGUGGAUUGGCUUCGAUGGGGCGCGUGUGCUUCGUGGGACGAAGCAAACAGCACAACGGCGCCGGCGCAUCGCUUCAACCAUGUAUGCGCUCACAAUUAGCGGCAGUACGCCGAGAAUGGCAUGUCGCUGUGGAUUCACCGAGCUGCACAUGGAAGUGGUUCAAUGCGACGCUUGUGCACGAUGGCUGCAUCUCGCAUGCGUGGGUGUUCGUCAUGUGGAUGAGCUGCCGAUGCAUGAGUGGGUAUGUGAUGACUGUUACAAUGAGCGAGCCGUCAUCGCGCACUCUCCUUCGGCACCUGUUUCUCAGAAUCGUCGCAUUCGCUCGCCCAUGCAUGGUCAUCCUACUCAUGAUGGCUUGCAUGCACACGCCAAGCUGCGCUCUUCGACCUUGUCAUUGGCACCCAGUCCCAUCCUAAGCCUGGAUGAUACCUUGGACUCUGUCCUUCCUGUGAUGCAACCUCCGGAAGCGCCUCGGACGCCGUCGCCAUCGCCGCGCCCAGCAGCGCUUGUUGAUAUGGUCACACCCAGCCGGCACUUUGCACCGUCCACACAGCCCGAGUGGUUAUCCACACCUUCCAGCUUUCUCGCACAGUCGUCGCCUUGUUCCAUGCUUGGCGCACCAAAUGCGAGGUCCGCGCAGAACCACAUGUGGGCGCCUGAAUCGCCUACAUUUGCGACACAUGGCGCAGCACGCCACGCAGCUACCUCGUACUGGCCUGGUGCCACGACGCCCAGUGAUGUCGCUGCCACGCCCUCGUUCCCCAGUGAUCCGUUCUCUGAUGGCCUAGGCCUAAGUAGUCCUAUGCCCGAGACCCCCCCAUCCGGUUCGACGCGUGGUCGCAUGCUGGGCAUGCUAUUCCCUCCGCCAUCACCCAUCCCUGUGUCUACAUCUUGCAUGCCAGCUCCACCGGCAAUGCCCACUCCGAUGCCUGCGUCUAUGUGUGCGCCGAUUGCACCGCUGCCCCCUACACCGACCAAGGACCGGCCAUCCGCAUCACUCAUGCCCCCCCCUGUCUCGUGGCACGGCGGCGAGCUAUGA